AUGGCGUCUUACGCGAUGGUAGCCGAUUUGCACUCAAUGGUCACAAACACGAUGUUGGUUGUGAAGGUCUUAAAGAAGUGGGUUAACGCUGGUCCCAGAGGUGUCGAUGGGUUAGAUGCAAUGGUGGUCGACGAAGCAGGAACCCUUAUUCAGGCAUCUGUAACAAGGAAUGAAUACGUUGGCAUGUUUGAUGACCAACUCGAGGAAGGAUUAUGGUAUAGUCUAUCCAACUUUUAUGUCGUCAAAUUCUCCUCUUCAAAAACCGAACAAUUAUUCACGGAUGGUGCAUUAUCAUGGAUUCUAACACUAAGAUACAAAAAAUACCACCAAAAGCAUCGAGUUAUGUUACUGAACGCCGUUCUUUCACAUUUGUGA